CUCUGCAGGAGUAUUGCUGCUCUGACGCUCAUCUCCUUGGCGACGCUGAUGAACUUUCCCAACCCGCUGAACGCGAUGCAGAUUCUGUGGAUCAACAUCAUCAUGGACGGCCCCCCCGCUCAGAGUCUGGGUGUGGAGCCCGUGGAUCAGGAUGUGAUCCGGCAGCCCCCCCGUAAUGUUCGGGACAGCAUCCUGACUCGCUCCCUGCUCAGCAAAGUGCUGCUGUCGGCGUUCAUCAUCGUCUGUGGGACACUCUUCGUCUUCUGGAGGGAGGUGCGUCUCCUCUUCAUCAACUUGGCUCUUUGGGGCUGUAGAUAUUGGUCAAAAUGA